ACGGCCGUCACGGACGUCGCCAAUGCAGUACUGGCGGCAUAUCCAGACAAAGUCGCCAUGCCGUCCGACCGUCGGCUGCUGUAGAUGACCCGAGCAUUCGGAGCGAAGGGCUUCCCUAAUUGUUUCGGCGCAAUCGACUGCACGCACGUGUACGUGGACAAGCCCGCCAACGCACCGUCAGAGAACUACUUCGAUCGAAAACAGCAGUUCUCGGUCGCCCAAGUUGUCGUCGACCUCGACAUGAGAAUUCUUGACGUGUUCAUGGGAUACCCUGGGAGCGUCAACGACCAGCGGGUUCUGAGAAAUUCUUCACUCUUUCGACGUGCGGAGGCGGGGGAGCUCUUCGUCGCGGAAUCUUUUCUGCUGCCAGGGGGGGUGUCCAAAAUAGGGUACCUGCUUGGGGACAACGGCUACUCGCCGAGAACGUGGAUGGUGGUCCCCUACGGGGGGACAGACCAAGCAGGGGACAUCGGAUUGUUUGACACGCGGCAGAAAACGACGAGAGGAGUCGUGGACAGGGCUUUCGGGCGUUUGAAGGGGAUUAGGAGGUUGUUCCUCCACCAUCACAAGACUAACAUGGAUAGUCUACCUCAACAAUUUCUGGCUGUUUGUAUCAUCCACAACUUGUUGCUUGAGGCGGGCAUACCAUUCGACGACUCGGUCCUCCUCGAGCCGGACAAGAACGGCAAUCUGGUUCGUGUCGAUCUGGGGUUGCAAGAUCCGCCACGACCAGUGUCGCAAUUGGGCGCAACCGACGCUGCCCUGGCUUUACGUGACGGGUUACGUAUUGAUGCUGGAAGUCGCGAAGACUCGGCACUUGUUAACUUCGUCGGAGGAGCGGUGAACAGCUCGGCGCGAAAGAGUUUUUUCUUUUCUAGGGAUAUCUGGUGGAUAAGGUGGAUGGUGGAGAUGGAGGGGGUAGCAGUGGACAGGCUGGCGCAGCCCGCAGCGGAGGAGGCUGGGGCUCGGAGCGGGGAUGGAGUUGCUGAUGGUGUUGGGUCUGCAGGCGGGGACGACACCAACAUGAGUGCGGACGAUACUAAGUCGUCUGUACUUCAAUCGACGAAGAUGGCGCACUCGCUGCGAGAUACAGGGCCAUUUCUGGAAGGGGAGAAGGUUCUUGCCUAUCACGGCCCUCUGAUCUACGAAGCGAAGACGCAGAAAGCCGAGUUCCGAAAGAAGGAAUGGAGAUAUUACGUGCAUUACCUGGGGUGGAGUAAGAACUGGGACGAAUGGGUGGGCAUCGAGCGGCUGAUGAAGUACACGGAGGCCAACUUGCUGAAGCAAAAGAAGCUCUUUAAGCAGAACGCGGAGAGGAAGAAGUUGACGGCGGGAAAAGCCGGGAAAGCGGGAGGAGUGGCGGGAGGUGGAGGAGGAAGUGGUGGUGGGAAGGGGAGAAGACGACGAGCGGACUCCUCGAUGGAGGAAAGGGACGGCGAGGAGCCUGAACAGGCGUUCAGGAUUACGUUUCCCGGGACGCUGAAGAAGCAGCUGAUCGACGAUUGGAAACAGAUUACUCAGGAAGGGGAGCUGGUAUGCUUACCGCGGGAACCGACUGUGAACCAGAUCCUGGACAACUACCUGGAGUUGAAGACAAAGAGGGAGAGUGGCAACGACACGUGGAAGGAGUUGGUUGCAGGAAUGAAGACGUAUUUCAACAAGGCGCUGGGCGCAAUGCUGUUGUAUAAGUCGGAGAGGGAGCAGUUCGAGGCGGCCACGGGAGACGAGGAGUCUCCAUUGCCGGUGGAGAUCUACGGGGCAGAGCACCUGUUACGAAUGUUUGUGAAGCUCCCAGAACUCAUUCAGUACACGAACAUGGAGCCGGAAGCAAUGAGUCACUUACAGGCCAAGCUGAAUGACUUUCUGAAAUUUUUGCAGAAGAACCAGACUUCCUUUUUUCUGUCCAAUUACGGCGGGAAGAAGAAGUGAGCCAAGUGGAGGCGAUAAGACACAGGGAGGGAGGAGAUCUGUUGCCAUUGCCAAGUGAAUAGUUUUGUCGGGAGUCG